AUGGUUAUGAAAAGUCCGGUCGUCCGGAAAACUAUUAGUUCCGUAGUCGAUAAAAACACUGAUACACUGUUAGGUCAAAAGAUUGAGGACAGCGGUCACAGGUUUAGAUUGGGUUCGGUCAUCGGGUCCGGUACUUACGGUCAAUUGAGACAGGGAUUCAAUUUGAAUAACAAUAACCAAUUGGUUGCAAUUAAAUUAGAAAAUAAGAGACACUCACAGUUGGACACUGAGUAUAGAUUCUAUAAAGAGAUUAACGAUAGGAUACGUGCGAAAGAUCCCAACCUCAAGAUUACCGAUGGUUUCGCACGCAUCGACUAUUUCUGUCAUUGGCGUCAAUACAAAGUAUUGGUGUUUGAGAUGUUGGGUCGCAAUCUCGGAGAAGCGUUUGUGGCGUGCGGUCAACAGUUUACAUUGAAAACAGUUGUCUACAUCUUUCUACAGCUAUUGCAACGAAUAGAGACCGUACACACCAUUGGUAUUGUGCACCGGGAUAUCAAACCAGAGAAUUUUGUGUUAGGCUGUCCCGGCACUCGCCUACAAAACUGUAUUCACAUUAUUGACUUUGGUUUGGCUGCGUUUUACAUCAAUCCCGAUACUAAACGGCAUAUAGAAAUGCAAAAGAAGGACAGUUUGCUGGGAACGGCUCGUUAUAUAAGUAUUAACGGUCAUUUGGGUAAAGAGCUAUCCCGACGGGACGACUUGGAAUCUAUCGGCUAUUUAAUGAUGUAUUUUGUCAAACAGGGAAAGUUGCCGUGGAGUGGACUAAAAGCACCGACAGAUAAGGAUAGGUUUGAAAUGAUUUGUGAGUGUAAGAGAGCCACACCUAUCGAGACGCUGUGUAAUGGAUAUCCCGAACAGUUUGCCGAAUAUCUCCGCAAAGUCCGGUGUUUGCGCUUUAAACAGACACCCGAUUACACGAGUCUUAAAAAUAUUUUCAUCAAAUUGUUUCAUAGAGAGGGAUGCGAUGAUGACGGACAGUAUGACUGGAACAGUAUAUAA